AUCAACUUGGAGGAGACCUAAAUUCAACUCCAUUGCACUGGGCCACAAGACAGGGCCAUCUAUCUAUGGUUGUGCAACUCAUGAAAUACGGUGCAGACCCUUCACUAAUUGAUGGAGAAGGAUGUAGCUGCAUUCACCUGGCUGCUCAGUUUGGACACACCUCCAUUGUUGCCUAUCUCAUAGCAAAAGGACAGGAUGUAGAUAUGAUGGAUCAAAAUGGAAUGACACCUUUAAUGUGGGCAGCUUACAGAACACAUAGUGUGGAUCCAACUAGAUUGCUUUUAACAUUCAAUGUUUCAGUUAACCUUGGUGACAAGUAUCACAAAAACACUGCUCUGCACUGGGCAGUCCUAGCAGGGAACACCACAGUCAUCAGUCUCCUCCUGGAAGCCGGGGCGAAUGUCGAGGCCCAGAACAUCAAGGGUGAAUCAGCACUUGAUUUGGCAAAGCAGAGAAAAAAUGUGUGGAUGAUCAACCAUUUGCAAGAGGCAAGGCAAGCGAAAGGAUAUGACAGUCCAUCCUUCCUUAGGAAGCUGAAAGCUGAUAAGGAAUUUCGGCAGAAAGUAAUGCUAGGAACUCCUUUCCUAGUUAUUUGGCUGGUUGGGUUUAUAGCAGACCUAAAUAUUGAUUCUUGGCUCAUUAAAGGGCUAAUGUAUGGUGGCGUUUGGGCUACAGUACAGUUUCUUUCAAAAUCCUUUUUUGAUCAUUCAAUGCAUAGUGCAUUGCCCCUUGGAAUAUAUUUGGCAACCAAAUUCUGGAUGUAUGUGACGUGGUUCUUCUGGUUUUGGAAUGAUCUCAACUUUUUAUUUAUCCAUCUUCCAUUCCUUGCCAAUAGUGUUGCACUUUUCUACAAUUUUGGAAAAUCUUGGAAGUCAGAUCCAGGAAUUAUCAAAGCUACAGAAGAACAAAAGAAAAAGACGAUAGUUGAACUUGCAGAGACGGGAAGUCUGGACCUCAGUAUAUUCUGCAGCACCUGCUUGAUACGGAAACCAGUGAGGUCCAAACAUUGUGGUGUGUGCAACCGCUGCAUAGCAAAAUUCGAUCAUCAUUGCCCAUGGGUGGGCAACUGUGUAGGUGCAGGCAACCAUAGAUACUUUAUGGGCUACCUAUUCUUCUUGCUUUUUAUGAUCUGCUGGAUGAUUUAUGGUUGUAUUUCUUACUGGGGACUCCACUGUGAGACCACUUACACCAAGGACGGGUUUUGGACGUAUAUCACUCAGAUUGCCACGUGCUCGCCUUGGAUGUUUUGGAUGUUUCUCAACAGUGUUUUUCAUUUCAUGUGGGUUGCUGUGUUGCUCAUGUGUCAGAUGUACCAGAUAUCAUGUCUAGGUAUUACUACAAAUGAAAGAAUGAAUGCCAGAAGAUACAAGCACUUUAAAGUCACAACAACAUCUAUUGAAAGCCCAUUCAACCAUGGAUGUGUAAGGAAUAUUAUAGACUUCUUUGAAUUUCGAUGCUGUGGCCUCUUUCGUCCUGUUACUGUGGACUGGACCAGGCAGUAUACAAUAGAAUAUGACCAGAUAUCAGGAUCUGGGUACCAGCUUGUGUAGCAGCAUCUUUAUCCUGUGAAGCAUACUGCUGAGUGGUGCCUGAAAAUUUUGUCUGUCCGUGUCUCUCUCGCACUCGAAUCCACAUCCUGCGAACUACAGCAUGCUAUAUGUAGGGCUAACAGUGAAUUUUACAGUCUUUUUUUUUCAACACUUUUAUUAACAAAAGUAAACAUGGACAGAACACACUGCCACUUCUGGGAAGAAUAAAGAUCUGAAAAAUAAUUUUAAUGGCUCUUAACAUGGGAAUUCACAACAUACUCAACGUUUUUGUUUUGUUCUCAUUUUCACAAAGAGUGAACUUACUCUGUUGGCAGACAUGGGCUGAAACUUCGAUUCAGAGAUACUCAAUUCUAGCUAAAACUGAAUUUAUGGUAUACAGCUAAAUUUUAUGGUACAGUCUAUGAGUAUUGCCUAAUUCUAGGAGAGUUUUCUUAAAUUGAUCCAGACUAGUUCUAUGUACAUUAUAGAAUGUACAUGUGAAUACUGUGAUGAAAAUCAUGUGGUUAUAUUAGGGAUCUACUGUAAUGUGUCUUCAGAGGCAAGAGAAAAUAAUGUUCCCCAAAAAAAUGUACUGACUAUUUUAUUGCUGUCAGCUGUUGCAAAGCUGAUGUAUUUCUAGUUCAGUGAAAUAAUUUGUAGUAAUGCCCUGAGGUUUUAUGGUCUGAUAAGGAUCAUUUGCAUGAGUAUAGUCAGUCAUACAAUUUUGUUCAAACUUAAAAGCCCUACUAAGUGCAUGAUACACCUCUAGAAUGUAUACUAGCACAUACUAUCCAGUAAAACAUAAAUUAGAAUUUAAUUUUAUGUGCAAACAGUUCGAUUUUUAAGAGUUGAGGUAUUUUCAAGAAAAGACAGAAUAAGUAAAUGCAAAAUUCUCAGUCAUAGAGACAAAUGGAUACACAUAAAAGUCUAAGCUGCAAAAUAAUGAAGUUCCGCUAAAGAUGGAGCAUGAUCCCUGUACAUAUAGCACAUGUGAAUAAAAGAAAAUGAUAAUGGUAUAUAUUCUGGUUUUUAAAAGGAAACUAUCAGAAAGAAUUUAACCCCCAAGACUAUUUCAAUUUUCCCAAUAUUGAAUGUUUUGAAGUUUGUAAAUGCUGUCUGAAACAGUUUCAGAAAGAUUUUCUUAUUGUCAAACGUGAUGCACUGAUCAGUUUUUGUUACAGCAUUUCCAUCCUCUCAUGGUGAACUGUUAGUCACUGCAUCCAUAAAUGCUGUGUACGGAGGAGACUCGGUUUAGUUCUCUUAGUGCUGUGGCAAACUGUGGUUCGAGCAACCUGUGGGAAACCCGAGAGAGCAGACGGGCUCGGGGAGGGAAGGAAAAGGUGGCCAGACUGAUGACAGAUCCUAGACAGUGUAAAGAUUGUGUAUCUGUAUA